CUCUUGUGUCAGCCGCACCUCUCCAUCUCGCUGUUGGGAAAAAGUUGAGAGAGAGAGACUGGAAUGUGAAGAUGACAUUUUUACAUCUUUUCGUUAAUUCAGCAUGUAUCCGUGUCUCCCUCGCGAUACGAUAGACUUAAAAGCCAAAGAAAACGCGCCAUAACAGAGAACCGAAUAAGAAAAAAAAACCGACAAAAAAAAAAAAAAAAAAAAAAUCAGUCAAGAAAACGGAAAAAAAAACAAGAUGGAGGACGAUCUUAGCAGUCUGGAAGAUUCACUGGAAGGCACCAACCUCAACAGACUCAGCAGGAGAAGCAGCAGCAUCAGCAGGCUCAGCAGAUGCGAGAGCAACGGGAGCAGUGACAGCAGUAACAUCAACAUCGAUGAUCUGUCUCUGCUUUCCGAGUCCUUCCCUGCUCGGUUGUGGCAUCACUGGAUUGGCCUCCCCAUGCCCUUAGGGAAGAUGUCCGACUACGGCUUCGAGGAAGAGAGCGGGGGCGGGGGCGGCCUCGGGGGGCACCAGACGGACGCCGGCCAAAACUACAUCACGGUCAUCCCCGUCGAGUAUCCGGCGAGGAGGGCAUACGGGGACUACGAUGCCUUCCCGCGCUCCGCUACGAUCUCCAGACGACCUCGAGGGGAAACCGAUGCAUUUCCACGGUCGGCUACGAUAUCCAGGGAGUUCCUCCGGGAGCGAGCGGACUUCCUGCGGGGCGACUACAAGGGCAGCGCCGACCACCUGGACAAAGCGGCCGGAUUCUACCCCAGCCUCCCCCCGCCGGCCUUCGACGUGCCGCCCCUGUCCCUGGACCCCGAGACCCGCCGCCCGUCCGCCCACCUGAUGACCACGCCCGCGCAGACGAGUGUGGCCUCCAUGCCGGUCCACUCGAUGCCCACCACCACCAGCGUGACCCACCCGUCGGUGCCGCAGACGACGGCCGCCCACCACGACGACCUCGACAACAAGACCAACAAGAACGACCACGAGAGGAAGAGUAAAGGGAUGGUCGAAGUGUGUGUUUUCCUUCACUCCCGCGUGGCCGUCAGACUAAGGCUGGAGGACGGAGCCAAGAUCACCGCCCAGGAGCUGCAGGCGAUGGUUAUAGAGGAGGAGGACGUGACGCUCCCGAAGCAGGCCAUGGAGGUGUUCGCCAUCUGGAUGGUCUCGCCGGUGCUCGAGAUCCAGCUGAAGCCCUACCAGCGAGCCCUUGAAAUCCGGCGCCAGUGGGGGGAGCUCCUGAAGAGGUUCACGCAGGUGCCGGUGAGGGCGCAGGACGCUCGCUACGCUUACGAACCCAAAAUGGUGCUAAGGAGAAACAUCUUCUUCAGCAAAAGGGACGAGGUUAAGAUUAGAGACCCAAAGAUUCUGGAACUGCUCUACGAGGAGGCGCAGUGGAACAUGCGGUCGGCGCGGUAUCCCUGUGAGCUCUCCGACUACGAGAUGCUGGCGGGGAUCCAAGGCAGGCUAGAACUCGGGCCCUACGACCACACCACGCAUACGCCCUCCUUCUUCAGACGUCGCCUGUUAGACUACCUUCCCGAACACGCCUGCAGACUCAAGUUCAGUGACCUGAUUAGCUUUAGCAGCAAAUCCACGCCGGAAAUUCGGAUAAUCGAGCAGUUUCGUUCGAUUCCCAGCAACGUGACGGCGAGGAAGCUUGUCAGAAAGUACCUCGAGUUCUCGUGGUCUCUCCCCUACUACGGGAGCGCCUUCUUCCACGGCCAGAUCGAGCAGCCUACGAGGGGCGUGAGUUCCUGGCUGCCCCGCCCCGAUCUUCCCGUCUUGGUGACCAUCAACGGCACGGGCGUCAGCGUGAUCGAGCCCAAGAAGUCGACGGUGUUGCUGAGCCUCCGGUACGACGAGCUCUCUUGGGACUACGCGAGGCCGAGCAACGAGCGAAAUCCCCACUGUCUCCCCUGCCUCUUCCUGCAGUUCGCGGUCGUCGAAAACGGCAGAAGAUUUUCCAAACUCUUGCAGAUAUUUUCGAAACAGGCGAUCAUGAUGGACGCUCUCAUAAGCACCUUCGUGGACGAGCUGAAGAGGCGGGCGGCGCAAUAUCCCGACGACCUUGAGGGCCACAUGCUCGACCACGGCACCGAGAUCGACGACGUGUUGGUCCCGCUGUCCACCGUCUCUCGAAAAGAUGUCCCGGACUCAAUCCUUAGCAACAAACUUCAUCGUCUUUCGCUGUCCACUUUUACCGAAGAUGGUCGCUGCGUGGGGACGAUGGGCUCGUGGCAGUUCGGCAGAUGAGGGGAUGCCCUCGACUACGUGUGACAAACCACCAUCACGCCCGCGCCCAUAGCCCCGCCCACCAUGACCUCCUCCGCCUCCACCUGCUCAUGGACGUCUGGGCCGGAAUCCACGCCUCUCCUUCACUCCUGACGACGCUUCUAAGUUUAUAUCCCCCUCGGUGGUAGAUCCAGGCCCUCUCGCUGGGUGCACUCGCGGCUCGCUCCCUGCUUCAGGUGUCCCGUGCCCUUGCUUGCGUUUGUCUACUCUCUCUCUUUCUCUCUCUCUCUCUCUCUCUUUUCUCUCUCGAUUCGUUAUUGUUUUCUCUCUUUCUUUCUUUUCCUACUGGAUUAUGAUUGCCUUUCCCCCUUUUCUCUUUAUCAUCUUUUAUCCUAUUGUUUUUUUUCCCUUUCUCUCGAUAUUUUCUUUCUUUUUUUGUGUGUCUCUUUCAUUCUAUGUUUCCUGAUCUUCCCUUAGUCCCCCUUAUAGUGUCCUGCUUCUCCCUCCCUCCCUCCCUCUCUCUUCUCUUCCCUUUCUUUCCCCUUUGUUCCCCCUCUUUCCCUUUCCCCCCGUUGUUUCCCUCUCCCUCAUUCCCCAUUCCCAUUCCCAUUCCCCUCGCUGGCUGGAUCUACCUCUCGUUGUGAUAACUGGACGUGGCCGAUUCCGGAAGACGCUCCUGCGAAGGACCUCCGGGUGACCUCGACGCCGCAAUACACACGUGGAAUACCUGCUGAGCAACGCAAGCUAGUACAAACAAACUAAAAAAAGAUGUGAAGUCCCAGAGUCACCGGAGUUUCCCAGGAGAGAUCCCGAAGGAAGCGCCCCAGGAAGCUAUGGUGGAGCUCAGGAGUUUCCUCAGCGCCCUGACAAGGACCACGAUCCUGCCGACUGCAGGAGCCCGAAAACUAAAUGGAUCAGCCUCAGGAAAGAAUCAAAAUUCAAAAGGGCGUGAUAGUGGUGUGUUUCCAUUUUUUUUAUUUGUACCGAUAGAUAUGAAAUAGAAAAAAAAAGAUAAUCAAAUUAAGGUGAAAUUCAACAAACAGCCCCUGUAUAUGGACGCCCUCAAAGGCAGGAUGGAAAUCUGUGAAAACUGACCUAGCAAGAACAGGGUUCGUUACCUAGGAUCAACGCUGUUCAAAUCUCUGAGUGAUGUUCAUUUGCUUUUCUUCGGCAUUUUUAUUGUACGUAUACUGUAACGCACAAUGCAGUGAAAACCUGUAAAGGUGUGUUAGGCAAAGGAGAAAAAAAAAACAUUUAUUUACAUAUACUGGUUUAAUAUGUAUUCAAAACUGCUUCUUUCACGUAUCAUUAUACUAUCUGAAUGUCGCCCUUGAGUGUAUCAUUACGACGGGUGAUACGCAGAAAACAUGGCAUACUGAUUUUUCUACUGUAUCAUUGCUGUAUCAACACUACACCUAAGUCACACCUCACACAUCGCUUUACCCUUAAAAGGCUACACAUGUCUAGUUGCCUUAUUUGCAUACUCUGUAUAUAUCAUUAUGUAUCCACAAUAUACCAGUAGCUAACGUUAUAAAAGAAAGAAAAAAGGUGUACCUCUCGCAAAAAACAAAAAGCAAAAAAAAUUAUGGUAUUAUUUUGCGUAUCAGAUUGCCGACUUCUUACGGGCAUGUUCGCAACAUGUUUUACGGAUCAGCUGUUCUACCAUAUGAUUUGAUCUCAUAUCUAGCGACGCGUUCUUGGGAGUUACGGAAAAAGGAAAAGGUUUGUGUGGCACAAGUCCGACAAGCUACGGCCUAUGGACUCUCCUCAUGGCGUAGGAGCUAGAGCGGCAGCUUCAUAAUAAGUAAUUUUAAUUAUAUUUGUAUUCGGUAGUGUAGUUAACUAUGGCUUCUGGAUACCAACAUCCAUUUAGUGGAUAGGACCAAAGAUCCCCAAAAAUCAUCUUUCUCAGUUCGGAAGCGACAUUUUUAGAGAGCGCGACAGCCUUCCGGGACACUCGGUUAAUGAAUCUCAUUUCCCCGUCUUUUAUUAAAAAAAGACUCUUUUCUUCCUCUCAUUAAAAAAAAUAAUGAUAAUUAUACGACAAGAACUUCAUAGUGAAGUUUUGUUCUAGCAGCGGAUGGCCUGUCCGUCUCUCUAAAGGCAAGUUCCCGGACGUCGCCCCUUCUAUAUAUUAAGGCCGUUCGCUCCGUUGAUUCCGCCCUCGACGGGGCUGCAGUGCGAGGGCGCCAUCCGUUCGUCGAAGCCUCCUCCUCCUGCAGGGGAGUUCGAAGGCGCCGGACGCUGCCCCUCCCGCCGGGGGCCACACAGACGGAGGAGGCCUGAGAACCAGUCAUCGUGCCACAGAGCAACCAAAGAGUGUUCGUACUUUGCGACGUGAUUGUAUAACGUAAGGGUAACUCUAGGCUAGUGUGGAGUAUGAUCGAUACCCUUACAAUGUAAUAUAGAUUUUUUUACAACUGUUGGUUUCACAUGUUUGUUGUAUAUAAGAAAGUGGAGUGUAAGAAGCAAAUCGUAAGGAUGUUUCAUUUUAAAUUGAUAGAUAAAUGUUUUUUUUUUCUUUUUUUUCGUAAAUGACUGACUUGCGCCUCGGUGGGAAUGUGUGUACGAUAUAGAUUUUUUCCUACGUCUACGAGAAAGUGUACUUAAAAAAAAAAAAAACAAGACACAUCCUAAUGGUAGUGUUUAUGAUGACCAUUUUUACAACAGCUUCCGUGGGGGUUAAGGGGGGGGGGAGGGAUGGUUGGGUACACUCAUCUUUUAGUAAAAUAAAUAAAUCAAUAAAAACAAAGACAAAAAGGAAAACAAUAAGAAAAAAAAUUAAGUUAGAUUGGUGUUCAUACCUUUUUAAAAAAUAAUAGUCCUUUGUCGUCAAUGGGUUAGAAUAUGCAACUACGAAUGUAAAUAGUGAAUUGCCCCAAUUAGCUGCGAGGGAAUGUUUCAAGAGGAAAUGUUUCAAGAGAGCGCCUUCUGCACCGGUUUUCUAGAAUUUACGGAGAUGACAGUAUUACCCUACCUAAAGCGGUGUUCAAUCUCGAAAAAAUAGAUAGAGUGGCUAAGUCCGCCAGUGCAUUGUGUUAAAAAAAGUAUUUUAGAUGUUCGGAAAUGUAAGGCAAUAAGUAUUCAAAGCAUUUCACAAUCGUUGAGAUGUUUGGGGCUGUAAUUGGAAAUACAGACAGCUUGAGAUUAAAAGCAUAAUCGGAUAAUUUACACGAUAUUGCCUUGUGUGUGUACGUUGAUCCGUGGACAAAAUAGUUAUUCUGCCUUUUAUUGACGAAUUAUCAUAAUAUUUUUAGUGGGGGGGGGGGGGGUUGGAGUAAUAACCUUGAUAACAAUUGGGAAGAUGUUUGGUUACAGCUUUCAAACUAUUCGAGAAAGAAGUGAGAAACAGGCGUUUUUGAAGUUAGUCGAGCUACGUGAAACAGGCACAAUGUAAAGAAAAUUAUCGGAUAUUUUUUACCCCUUUUUUCGUAGAGUAACAAGUGAUUUUCAAUUUUUUUUAAGACAGCGAUCGAUAUGACUCUUUCGUAUAUAUAUUUCUUUUUUUCUUUAGUAGAUUUUCAUUUGUGAAUUUAUAGACGACGAUGAGCUAACGUGCGUAUACUUUUCCGUUGAAUAGACUUGUAUCAGUGCAAACACAACCGCCACCGCCCAUAACGUUACUGUGAAAAGGAAGAACAAUUGACUGAAACUCCCUCGAUAGUUCUGAAAAUACUGUGGCCUUUUGAUUACGCUUAGAACAAUACUCUAUCUUGUUCAUAUUUUCACACGGGGAAAAUAAUGGGUAAGUUUACGAGGCUCACCGUGAAAAUAACUUGGACAAGAUAAUACAGGACAAAAUGAUACUAACACUACCUGCAGGACUUAGACAUAGACCAUCAUUUGACGCUAAUUACCAUCCGUUCGCUGACUACUGAAAAGCUCGUGUUUUUAGGUUGGAGGUUUACGUUCGUUAAAACAAAAUUGAACUUGUGGUACAGUAUUCUUUUCUUACUAUUAGUGUACAUUGUCCCUGUUUGCCGGCUAAUAAUAUAGUAAGAAUCUGAGGAAGAGGGAAAAAUAAAAUCGGUUAAUAUUUGCUUAAUCAUUUCAGCUGUUUCUCACAGACUGUUUGAAUUCUAUGCAAAUGACUGAUAGAUUAUUUAAGCAAAAGAUCCUGGGCGGUUAUUUGGUAAGAAUUGAUGGUGAAAAAAAAAAGAAACAAGAAAAUUGGCAUACGGUUUCUAUUAGUUGAUGACACAGUUAAAUAUUCUCGCUCAUUCACUGCACUGCCAUUUUACUACAAAAAAAACAAUUUUUUUCCUCUUUCAAAAAGUCAUACAGCAGAACCAAAGACAGUAAAUCAUUGAUGUUUAUUAAAGUGUUUGAAAGACAACUCGACGCUACGGUCCAACGCUUACAAGAAAGUCUAAAAGAAAAGUGAUACAGUUUUUAUACGUCUACAACCACGCUUCUCAAAUUUUGUAUGUUUUCUCUGCUUCAAAGGGGGAAAAAAAGGUGUAUGUGUGAUGGAAAGAAAUUUAAAUACUCGAAUACAAUUUACAAUAUUAGCUAUUGGGCCAUCACACGUACUCCUGAAUUUUAGACUUGGAGGUAAACGUUGGCCCGGAGAUGAGGGAAGAUGGUUCGAGUGGGGGUAAAUAUAGGACACUACAAUAAAGUAAGGGAUCAAAACCAAAGUCACAACCUAAUAAAACCAUUAGUUCAACACUCAUGUAUCGUCGUUUUAUAUUACUAAUCACCAUAUGGACAACUCGAUGCUGUUUCCAGUGAGUGAUCUAUCUAGUAUUUCCUCUAGUUGACCCAUAAUUCCCUGUCUUGAUCCAUAUUUUUUUUUCCUUACACGGAGCUGGACUGCUUUUGUUGUUCUAAAUGAUAAUUUUGUACCAUGUGCAUGUCACGACUACUUUAUAUCAGUGACCCUAAUCAAUGUGUAUAUAUAUCCCAGUUAAUCCUGUGAUGAUAUUAAUAAAACUUUUAUACCCGA